CUUUCUUGCUCACUCAAAUCAGCAUCAUGAUUACUAUCCUGUUACUUUUAGGAGUAGUGGUCGUCAUCAUUUACUAUUAUCGAAACUAUGUGAAGCAAUUUGAGGAUAUCGAUAAAUUACCUGGCCCAUCAACUCUACAACUUAUAAAGGAUUUAUAUUUUAAUAGUUCAUCAAAAGGCAUCAUUGAUUAUUUUCAGUCGUUAAACUCUAUUUAUGGACCUGUAGUGAAAGUUUGGAUGAAGCCGUUUAAACCUAUGAUUAUUACAAACGACAUGGAAUAUUGUAAUAAAAUUUAUAAAGCUAAUGAUCAUUAUAUUACCCCAGCUCUUUUUGAAAUUACUUUUAUGGGGGAAGGAAUUGCCAGCAACGCCCAUUAUGAAAACUGGAAAAACGAUAAAAGCGUUAUGGUGAAAAGUAUCACUAAAUCUUACAUUAACAAUAAAUUAAACAUUUAUGACCAAAAAUAUAACGAGCUCAUUAACGCGAUUAGAUCAAAUCUUGGUAAACCGGUCGAUGUGGAAAAGUACCUGCAUAAAAUUCUUUUAGAAGUAUUAAUAGAAACAAUCCAACAUAAAGGAAUAAACCUAACUCAACAGGAAUUAAAAGAUUAUAUUAAGAGUCGAAAUGAUUUCUUCGUACUUUUAAUGGAAAAAAUGAAUUCGUUUAGUUGUGUUGGUGUACUACAUUGGUUCACAAAAAAUUAUAGGCAAAUUUGGAAGCGACAUGCAGAAGUAGUUACAUUUGGGACUAAUUGGUUGAAAAAAUUCGAAGAAAUAGAUGUAAAAGAACGAGAUCCCACGAACUUAGUGUUUUCUAUGAUGGACGCACAAAUCCCUAAUAAACGAAUAGUUGAUAACAUAAAUACCAUAAUACAAGGAGGUCACGACACUAGUAUCCUCCCCAUAAGUAUGGCUUUACGAGAAAUGGCAAAACGACCAGAAAUUCAAGAUAAAAUAUACGAAGAAAUUAAAGAAGUAAUAGGUACAGACAUAAACGCAGAAAUAAAUAUAGAUCAUUUAAACAAUAUGCCGUAUUUGCAUUCAACCGUUAAAGAAGCUGUUAGAAGAUUCAUGUCGUUGCCGUUUCUAGAUAGAUUAGUAUUAAGAGAUAUGGUUAUAGAUGGUACGAAAAUUCCGAAAGGAAUACAAGUAAUGUUCCAUUUAACGGGGAUUAUGACGUCAGAGAAAAAUUACGACGAUCCUCUUACUUUUAAGCCUGAAAGAUUUAUGAAAGAGAACGUUACAGCUCAAGCUCAGAAAUCGUUUAUUGGAUUUGGUUACGGAGUGAAAUCGUGUCCAGGAAAACCGAUUGCGUAUGCUGCAAUGAAAUUGAUUCUUACAAAAAUUAUUAGAGAAUUUGAAGUUUUACCUGCCGAACACGACGUGCAAUUAGUGGCGGAAAUAUUUUACAGAAGCGUUAGUGGAAUACCGUCAACAUUUCGUAAGAGGAAUAUUCAAGCUGUUUAAAUGUUUUUAUAUUAAAAAUAUUGUAUUAUUUUAUGGGAAAAUAAACUAUUAUUUUCA